GCCAACUAAGAAACCGUUGCAAUAAAUUUGUUCACUUUGGUUUCAUAUAUUUUUAAUUUGUGGGCUUCGAUAAUAAUUUGUAGAUGUAUUAUUUGCUAAAUAGCUAUUUUGAGGCGGAAAUUAAUUGCCAGUUUUUCUUUUUUUUCUAAGUACUGAUAUUAACUGUAGAAGUAUUGACCAAGUCGCAUGCCUAAAUCAGAGUUUUGGCCGUUUUCGAGUAAGGCUGUCGAGGAGCAGAAUGUUGGUGGGGAGUCGUCUGUGUUGCAAAAGCAAGUGCUGCUCAUGGAGAGCGAGAUGGAGGAAAUGCGGCUGGAGUUGGCGGCGAUCAAGCGGGAGCGACUGUGUUCAAGCAGCCGACCGCCGACGGAGCCGGACCAAAUGUUCUUAGGAAAAGAUACUUCAGGCAUCUAUAAGAACGUUAUCAAAUCUCAAAAUGAAGAAGAUUUUAGUGUGAAAGUUCUUCCUCUGAAAACAGUCUCCCAACUUCGCGAAGAACUGAUACGAGCCAAGAACACAGCAGACGAGGAGCGAUUCCAGAGAGAGAAGUCGGAACGAAAACUGAGAGACCUGGAAACGAAGCUCAACGGCAUCUGCAGUAGAGGCGCUGAUGAAGUUAAGGAGACGCGAAAAACAAGCGAUGAGGUUGCGAAUUUGAAAAAGCAGCUUAGAAGUUUGAGAGAGGAGAUGGAAGAACUGAAAACAACGGCCAGUGAGAAAAGCGAUGAGGUGCAAGAGUAUCGUGUGAAGUAUCUCCAAGCUCAACAGCAAGUCGAAGAGUUGAGAAGACAGAUUGACGUAAUGGAACUAGACAAUAAACAAGUGUCGGAUCAAAUUCAAAUAGAAAUACAAAGAAUGAAGAUGCAAUUUCAAGAAAAAUUACAAGAAUUAGCUCCUUUACCAGAUUUGCUGAAAGGUGCCCAGAUUCAACUUCAAGAAGCGAGGCAAUUGCAGAAGUUGGCGGAAGAUAGCUCAGAACACCUGUCUGACGAACUGAAUCGCGUCAAGGAAAAGCUCAUUGCAGCUGUUACAAAUUUAAAUGCUGAAAAAGCCGACAGAAAGACAGUGGUUGAAGAAAAUAAUGCCUUAAAAGAUGAAGUUGACAUGGGCAAAAAGGAAAUUGAAGAGCUAUGUCGUAAUAUAGAUGAUUACAAAUGCCAAGUGUUGAGGUUAGAAGAGAAACUGUCGCAACUAGAUCUGAGAUAUCAAGAGAAAGCCGAAGAGUGCGCACGACUAGUAAAAGAUGUCGAAGAGUUAAGAGAAGAAGGCAGUAGAUCGUUGAGCAGGAGUAAGGAACGCGCAGAGUCCAUGCGCAGAUACAUGAAUACCCAGGUGUCAGAGCUAGAGAGGCAGUUGAUACAAACCAGAGCGCAAUGCAGAACGUUCCAGAAGGAAAGAGAUGAUGUGCGUCAAAGGAUGCAACUUCAAGUGAACAGCCUCCAAGAAAAUUUCGAUAUUGCGGAGUUAAGGCUUCGGGCCCUCCAGAAUCAGGUGACAUCCCUGAAAAAUAGUUACGCAAUAAUACUGUCCGAUGAAGAUGAAGAUCUACAGAAAUCACCACGCCUGAACGAAUAUUUGCAAAUGUGAUAAUACUAUGAUAGUAAUUAGGGUUGUCAAUACUUUUUCAAACCUUUCUUCCUUUAGCCGAAUAAACGCAAUUAAUAUCA